AUGCAUUCUUAUUUCUUUUCCCGCUUCUGUGCUCAGCAGAUAUCGGCAUGGAAAGGAUCACAGAGUUCUCUCUCUAAAGCCUUCCGUUUCAAUGCAAAAUCAUCACGCAGCGGAAGCUCCAUUGGGGAUCGUUCAUCCUUCGGCAACUCCACCUCUCCCACACCAUCGUAUAGUAGCUCCGAAGGUGGUGGAGGAAUUUACGCCGCUAUAGGCGGUCACCCACCGCACUCAGCGCCGCUCUACCCCACCACCUCACAUCAUUUCCCACCACCUACAACUGCACCACCACCACCGCCGCCCUCAUCAGCACCUGGUCUGGGAGCACACGUAAGUGGCAGCGGCAGCGGCAGCGGCAACAUCUUCAGCUACGCACCGCCUGGACACCGCGUUAGUGCGCCACCUGUGAGUAGCAGCAGCACCGCUGAAUCAAUUACAGAUCCAAAUGCUUUGUACGAGCAACAUCGACGUGUGAAAAGCAUUAGUGAUAUUGGCGGCAUGUCGACUGGAGUGGGUAGCAUAGCAGCUGGUGGAGCAGUCACAACGUGCGCAACACCAGUGACGACCGCAACCCUGAAGAGUGUCGGCAGUAUGGGCAGUAGUAAUGAUGGUUUGCGUAGCGGGCAUAGUGGUGGUAGUAGUGUCGGUUGUGCUUCAGGUUCUUCCGGUUCACCUGUAUGAGAAUCAGUUAUCAUGUAAGACGUGUCGAAUGCGUACUUGCAUACAUACCUACACAUACGAGUAUAUCUAGUAAUAAUAAUAAUACAGAAUAUAUUAUUAGUAGAUAUACAUAAAUAUGAAGAUGGGAAAGGGAUAGAUAAUGUGGUAAAAUAUAAAGGAAAAUUACUUUUAAGCAAACUAUGUAGUUAUAUGGAAUUAUUGUGAGUUAUUUUAAAAUACUCAUGCAUUGUUAAUCGCUACAUAAAAUGUUUGUAAGUAUUUGUAUGUGGUUCACGCGCCCUUUGUGGCAUACAAAUAUACAUAAAUAUUUAUAAUGAAAAUUAUUGUGGCAUUUAAAAUUUAUUAUUCAUAUUUUUGUUAUUCUACCAUAAAAUACUCAUCCACGUACACAUUACGCUUACACUCACACACUCACGUGAAAUGUAUAAUACAAACUAAUCCUUUUGGUAAUUUUAAAUUUACCUAUUUACCGAACACUACGCCAAUUGGAAAUCUUUUCUAACAUGUAAAGGAAAUAAUAAAGGGAAUUACUACAAAAUUUAAAUUUUGUGUGAAAACGCAAUUAUGGUUCGAUCCAAGGCGAAUUCAUAUAAGGCGGCAUCGAUU